AUGAAUGAUCCGAGCGCCCUGGCGGGCAUGCUACCCUUCGAUACGAUCGGGCUUUACGAACAGCCCAAACCGAGGUUUAUAUUUAAAAUGCCGCGAGUAGUACCCGAUCAAAAAUCUAAAUUCGAAUCGGAUGAAUUAUUUAGGAGAUUAAGUCGGGAAAGUGAGGUACGAUAUACGGGUUACAGAGACAGACCACAGGAAGAAAGACAAGUACGAUUUCAAAAUGGUUGCCGGGAAGGACAUACGGAAAUUGCAUUUGUUGCAACUGGUACUAAUAUACAACUUGUUUUUAAUCCGGCAUCAAAUGGCUACAGCACCGUCGAUUUGGGUAGAGAAUGUGAUUUUGAUAAAGAACACGGAAAGUGUGACUCGAUGGACGGAUGUGUAUGUGACCCUUGGGCAAAUAUAUAUGGCAUGAAAGCUGACAGAAACGCCCUCUAA